UUGUUAUUAUGUUGAAAUGAUUACCGCUAAUAACAUCUGAAGUUUUAAACGUUUCUACAAUAUGAGUAUGACUACUUACUUAACAAAGCCCAAAACAAAAAGUCAUCUUCAGAUAGCUAACUACUCCAUUAACAAUUAAGCAUCCAAUGGCGUCCAAUUAGUGCAGACGUAUACGCAUGAAAGAUUUGAUCCGAAAAAUCAAGCAAAGAAGAUCAAUGUGAAUCAUCAUAAAUAAUAAAAAAAAUGCCUCAAUUAGUAGUUGCAGAAGAAUUUAUCCCUAGCCUUGUGUGUUUGGGAUGGGGCACUUGCCUCUAAUUUUUGGCUCAUGACCUGCAAUUUUCUCUUGUGUGACAUUUUGUGGCCUUUCUUUACCGACAAGACUAGUGCUUCCCCGUGUCUAUUUUUGGAUGUUGAUGUUUCGGCCUUCGGGACCGGUUUCCUUCUUUCUUGGUGCUGGUCCUGUUUUUGUUUGUCUGGUUCUUUCCUUUUGUUUCCCUUCUAAUAAUACUAUUUGGUAAAUGUAACAUUUGGUAACUGUAAUUACUAAGUCGUGAUAUGUUAAGUCACUAAAAAAAGUUAAUAUCAAUUUGGGUCACUCAAAUUACUAAAACAUGUCAUAUUUAGUCACUUUCCUGUCAGUCGCCGUCUCAACUCUGGUCACUUGAAUUACUUUUUUUUUUAUGAAUGUCACUCGAAUUACUGAAACAUGUCAUAUUUAGUCACUCUCCGUUAGCCUCCGUCCAACUCCGUUAAUGGAGUUGGAAAGAAACUAACGGAAGAGUGGCUAAAUAUGACAUGUUUCAGUAAUUGGAGUGACCAAAAUUUAUAUUAAUUUUUUCUAGUGACUAAACAUAACACAAUUUAAUAAUCUCAAUGACCAAAUGUGACAUUUACCCAAUAUUAUUUAUAUCACCAUUAGCAAAUAAAAAAAGCAAUGAUAAUAAAAGACUUCAGCAACAACAGAAUCCCAUAAACUUCCAGUUCUUGUUGUGGUAAGUAACAACUUAAAAUGAGAGGAAGCCAUCACUUCCAAAGGGAAGUGCUGACAUAUUCAGUGAUGGUGGGUAUGCAAUUCUCCACGGUUGGGAUAAACACACUCUUCAAAGCCGCAACAAUGGAGGGCAUGAGCCCUUACGUCUCUGUCGCCUAUAGCUAUGGAAUCGCCUCUCUUCUCCUUCUCCUUCCUACUCUCUUUUCCCACAGUUCAUCACCAAGAGCUGUUGACGUUCCUCCCCUGACCAUACCAAUCUUGUGCAGAAUCGGCCUUCUGGCACUCGCAGGAAGCUCGUCCCGGCUGACAGGCUUCACGGGCCUUUAUUACAGUUCUCCAACCCUGUCGUCCGCCAUUGGCAACCUCUGUCCAGCUUUUACAUUCAUAGUUGCCGUCAUGUUUGGGAUGGAGACAGUUGUAAUGGGAAGAAGAUCCAGCCAGGCCAAAAUAUUGGGCACAACUGUGUCAAUAGCAGGCGCAUUCGUCAUAACAUUUUACCAAGGUCCGCCGAUCUGUAUCACCCCGUCGGCAUCAUCAUCUCGACUCAACCAUUCUCUUGUUCAUUCCACAGCAGCACAAAACUGGGUUCUUGGUGGCAGUUUGAUCACUCUGCAUUAUGCACUGGGUACUUUGUGGACGAUUCUCAUGACACAGAUAAUGAGCGACUACCCUUCAGAGCUCACAGUAAUCUUCAUCUACAACACAUUUGUAAGCAUUAUAAGUGUAGUUGUUGCUCUGUUUGCUGAAGGAACAUCCUCGAGUGCUUGGAUAAUGAGCUCAAACACCGCACUAGCCUCAAUCAUUUGCACAGGGGGGUUUGGAUCGUGCUUGAACAAUGCCGCUGAAGCAUGGGUGCUGCCGAUAAAGGGACCCGUUUUUGCUAACAUGUUCCUUCCGUUUGGAAUGGUGAUCGCUGUCGCCAUGGGCGUAAUGCUGCUAGGUGAUACUCUGCAUCUUGGAAGUCUCCUCGGAGGGACAGCCAUAUCCAUCGGCUUCUACAUGUUCAUGUGGGGAAAGUUGAAAGACCAAAACGAUGAUGGCACCGCAAAAACAGAGCAGAAUGCCGAUGACCAUAGUAGCAGCAGCAAUGCAGAUAAGGUUCCAUUACUGUAAGCUACCUAGGAACAGGGGCAGUUUAUGGCGGACUAAAGUUUGCCUGAGUUUCAACAUUUUCCCCCAUCUGCAUUGAUCCUACGAGCACGAUGCUACGAUGUAGAAUCUUCCAUGUAAAUUACAAUUGAUAAGUUCUAAAAUAUUACAACCCCACAAUCAACAAUCCAACGAUCCAUUUGCUAGCCCAUAAGCUCAACAAGCUGGCGCAAACUUGAUCCUAAAGCUCAAAAAGUAGCUGACAGAAAGUUGGAAGCAGCUUCCCACAACAAAGAGUUUAAAACUAA